UACCGAUGGCGCGCUUUCGCAAAAUUUCCUUGAUUUUCCGAUUUUGAACAAAAUCGUGCUCUUGUCUUGGUAAGUUUUAGUGCAUUUUACAGAAUGUCAACCUUCUCCAAAACUCCACAUCUGCUAACAAAGGAAAGAUUAAAGAGUGCCUUGAGAGCCAACAAUAUUCCUCUGCCGAGAGCGGAGCAAAAGAAAGCUUUCUAUGUCGACUUGUACCUCGAGCACUUGACUUCCCAAGACGACGACGAGGAAUUUUCAUCAGAUGAUGAUGAAUCGUCCGAGUAUUCUCCGAUGCGAGCCAGUGAGAAACUUCCUAGUAAGCCACCACAAAAGAUUGUACUCAAUAAAAGAGUGAAAGGUGGUCUUCCAUUCGAUGUGACAGCUUUGUCUGAUGGUGAUCUUGCAAGGCAGUUGAAAUCCUUUGGCGCCGCUGCAGGACCAAUCACGGACUCCACUCGUCCACUGUAUCAGAAGAAACUUGGUAAGGUUCCUUUCAUGGCCCACAGCAAAUUAUGAUUUCGGUAUUUUUUGCUAGGAACUACUGUUCAGUAAGGAAACUCCAAAGCAGGGGCUAUUACAUGUCAAUACAAAUUAUUGCUGUAACUCGUAACAUCCCCUUUGACUGAGUAUGUUUGAUGGACCCUUGAUGUUAUACAAGAUUAUACCUCAGAACAGUUGCCUCAUAUAACAAUGUGUUACCAACUUUAUUUCACUCGGAAAUACAGCGCAUUAAAAGCAAAUUUCAACAAUUGACAUAAUUAACAUAAUUCAAACAGCCCAUAAGUCCCUACGCCAUACCACACCAAUCCACCAUUUUAUUUCGCUCUGAACCAAGAUGUCUGCUUCUGAGCGUGGUGAUGACAAUCCUUCAAAUGAUACAGCCAUCUCACUUCAAAGAGCUGAGCCGAAGGAAGGGGAAGGUAGUGUACGUCCUGUCUCC